UAUAAUUUUCAUUGCUUUGUUAGCUUGAUUGGUUCUUUUGUUAAUUUUAUUAGUUUAAUUAUUUUUUAUCACUGUCAUUUAUUUCUUGAUUGUUGCAUAAAUUGUGUUAUGGUUUUUGAUUUGAUGAGGUUUUAGAAAAUUUUAUCUUUGUGGAUUUGUUAACUUCGAACGAUUUAUUUGAGCUUGUUAACUUCAAUCGACUUAUUUGAGUUUGAUUAAUUCCGUUAACACUUGUAAAAAAUUUAGGCGAGCUUGCGAGAUCCAGAUAGAGUUUCCUAUUUUCUUGUUGUUGUUUUGUUUUUUAAUUUAUUUAUCGAACUGUGUUAUGGUUUUUGGUUUGAUCAGGGUUUUAGUAAGGUUGAUCAAGACCAAUGGGAAUUCUCAAAUGAAGACUUUGUAAGAGAUCAACCAGAUCUCAUGAAGAAUAUCCACAGGCGCAGACCAGUUUUUAGCCAUUCUUCGCCUAAUGCUCAUAGGCAACGCGUUGCGACUUCUAGUCCUGCUGCUAGUGUUGGUGGUGGUGUUGCUGCUCCAUUAACAGAAUCAGAACGGAGGAAUUUCAAAGCUCAGAUAGAAAAUCUUAGACAUGAAAAAGAAGAGCUACUUAUGGAACGUCAGAGGCAGCAAGAGGAGGGGAAUCAAAACGAGAUGCAGUUACGUUCCUCAAAGGAUCGCUUGCAGCAGUUGGAACUAAAUCAACAAGCUUUGCACUCUUCCCUUGGUCAAGUGCUGCAAAAAUCUGCGGAAGAGGCAAGUCUCCUGCCAUCUAUAGGAAAUAUGGGGACAAAACGAAGUUAUAUGGGAAAUUGUCCCUAUAAAAAUUUAGCAAGCAUUAAACUUCCGAAGGAAACUUUGGAAGAGUUAUCUAGAGUGAAUGCUGAGAGUGCGUCCGUUCUCAGUAUAAACAUGGAGCGAUUGGAUCUGCUCGAGUCAUCAUUGGCAUUUUGGGAGAGUCUUGCAAAAGAAGUUACAGACACAUCAUUUUGAAACUGGUGCAAAGUUGAACUUUGAUGAUUUUAUGAAUCCUCCACAUGGUCCCGGAAUGUCUCGUGCGCAACUAGAUUUUGAAGUUCCGCCCGAGUCAUCAGGAAAUAAAACUAACUCUCUGCCAGAUUCAGCUAUUGUUCCUGAUCCAGAUCCAGUUGAACUCGACUUGGACGAUAUAUUUAUUUAUGAUCCUGUUGUACCAGAGCCAGCUGCUAUCGCGGUUCCUGAUCCAGUUGCACCUGGGCCAAUUGUUACCGUUGUUCCUGACUCCACCACACUGAAAGAGCAACCUGUCGGAACAAUCCCGGGUACUACUGAGUUUAAUACACCAUUUUGGCAAAAAAGCUUGGUGGAAUAUCCUUAUGAGUUUGAAUCAGAAAAUUCCCGUGAAAUUAGAAAAUACUGCUGGAGCAUCAAGGAUCGAAAAAAACCUUAGUCAAAAUUGAUUAUUCCUAUUAACUUUUAAUGCUUCUAAAAUAAAUGUAAUUUUAGGUAUACAUUGUUGGCUAUGCUAUGUAUGAAGUGAGGGAGGUAGAUAUAUCAAAGUGUGGGCAAGUGCCACCACUAAUAAUUUAAUUAUCACUAUAUCUAUAAUAUACUACUAAAUAGGUUUCUUUAAAUAAUAUAGUGUCUUUUUAAAAUUAAAUCAAGAUAUAUUCAGUAA